AUUUGCCUGAACAGACUUAUCAGAGAGAUGAAACAGAAAAAUUGGUUUCCGACGAAUCCCUCCGGCGCCACAAAACUGGAAGAAGAUAACUCAUCGGAAAACUCUGAAGAUUUCUCAAACAGAUUGCCUCUUCCAUACAUUAGAAAACAGACAAUUCCUCCGGCACCUUCCCAGUCCCAAUCCGCCAUCGAUUGGUUGCCUGACUUCGCCGAUUACUCAUGGAUCGCUUAUGGAGCUUCUUCUCUUCUAGUCAUUUCUCACUUACCUACUCCUCUCUCCAAACAAGAAACCUUGAUCGGUCCAAUUUUGAGUCAAGUCUUCGAGCUAUCAAACGACGGCUCUGGCGCCGUUACGGCAGUUUCUUGGUGCCUGUCCACACCUUCAAACGGAGAUCUAGCAGCUGCACUUGGAAACUGCAUCGGACUGUUCAGUAAUCUCGAAGGUUCUUUUUGUUGGAGGCAGACUACAGUUCUCGUGCAAAGUACAAAGGUGGAGGCCAUCAAAUGGACAGGGUCUGGAGAUGGAAUUAUUUCAUGUGGUGUUGAUGUUGUAUUCUGGAGAAAGAAGAGCAUUUCCUGGGAAAUAGCUUGGAAGUUCAAACCCAAAGUGCCUCAUACUUUGGUUUCUGCUACAACAUUCCUUGAAGGACCUUCAGCAACGGCGCCUUUCAGUGAUGUACAUAUUGAAGUUUCAUCAUCUGCAAUUAUUGAAGCAAGUAAAUCUGUCUUGGUAUAUCAUGGAGAUUUUGUAACUUCCAAGUAUGUCAAAUAUGAGCUACGUCAUCCUCAACCUGUUUCAAUGAUUCAAUGGAGACCUUCUGGGGGUAGAUUAUCUGAAUUAGAUGGGAAACAUUUACCCAGACAUGUGUUACUGACAUGCUGUUUAGAUGGAACUGCAAGGGUUUGGAGUGAAAUUGGUGAGGGAAGGAUCAAAAGAAUGAACAACAAGGAUAUUAAUGACAAGAAAAAUCCAAGAAGAUCAUUUCAUGUUGUUGCGGUUAUUGAGAUUAAUCAAGCACUAAAUGCAUCCCUUGGAUUCAAUGUAUUUGUGCGAUGGGCAACUGAAGUUAAUAAUAUUCCUAAUGCUGGUAGUGGAGCCGAUCAGCAUGUUUCUUCAGUAGGUUAUCCAAAUGACACAAUUGGCAGGUGUGAAUGGUUGGUUGCAUUUGGUCCUCAUAAAUUGGUGUCAUUUUGGGCCAUUCACUGUCUUGAUGACCAUUCCCCAAUGAGAUUUCCUCGAGUGACAUUAUGGAAAAGACAAGAGUUAACAGAUACUGAGAUGGCAAUCGGUGGUUCAUUGGUCGAUACAGUUGUUGUCUCAAGAAACCAGGCAUUUGGUCCACCAGCUUUCUUCCAUUUUGUUGGUUUGUUACCUUCUAAUUUCAUAUUGCGGUCUCAUUUCAAUAUUCAAAUAUCAAGUAAAAUAGAGGAUGAGUCGUCAUCCAUUUCUGGCGAAGAGAACAUAAUGUCGACUGUCCUAAACUUAAAAGGUCAUUCUGGAAAAAUUCUACAUGUUUUAGUCCAUCCAUGUAAGUCUGAAACACAAAUUGCUGUUUCCUUGGACUCAAAUGGACUGGUUUUAUUUUGGUCAAUUAGUGCCAAUUCUAAUUGCUUCACGGGCCUGCCUACAUUAAAGCCUGCUUGGAAACCUUGUGGAUGGAUGGUAGUUCAGGAUCCUUACCCUAAGUAUACAAGCUUAACAUGGGCACCUUCUUUAUCUGUUGAGUACCAUAUUCUUCUUAUGGGACAUACUGGAGGUGUUGAUUGCAUUUUGGUUAAGAUUUCGAGGACUGAUGAUGACGAAACAUCCUUUCACAAGCUUUGCACGUUGCCUCUUACUUGUCUUUCUCUUGAAAAUGGGCCACAUGAACUCUAUUCCAUUCCACUGCCUUCCACUUGUAAAGAAACCUUUAUUUUUAACAGCUAUAUACUCUUAGCCAUAUGUAAGAAACCCUUUCAGGCUCUAUCAUGGAAAAUAACCAUGCAUUCCUAUGAUAGCGAUCAAACCUUCUGUCAGUGCAAGUUUGAGGCUGUUAAUAAAGACUGUACAAUGUUGUUUGAAAGUAACUUUGCUGGUAAAACCUACUGCAUUGCCAUUAAUUCAUGUUCUUCGGUAUUGCCCGACUCACAUGAAAAUGAUGAGGUUACAAGCUUUUCUGUAGUGUGUCCAAAUAUCUCCAUACUGUCUGAAAAACAAAAUUUGUACAUGGGCAAUGAGUUGUGUGGUCCUUAUCCUGUAUAUCACAUGGCAACUGGCAGCUCCAAUGGUAGCAUAAAGCUGUGGAGAAGUGUUUUGGAAGAUGAAUCACGUUCCAGAUUACACUGGGAAUUAAUGGGCAUGCUUGAUGCACACGAGGGUCAAAUCUCAGUUAUAUCUGCCACUGAUUGUGGCAGAAAGAUCGCUACAGUUUCCAGCGUAGACCACUUAGCCACUGUUCAUAUAUGGGAACUUGUGUAUAUUGCACAUUCUGGUAAGUUUAUCCUGGAGGAUACAUUAUCGUUAGAAGGAGAAAUUAUUUCUAUCAAUUGGCUCACUGUUGGGAAUGGCCAGUUAUUACUUGGGGUUAGUCUUCCGCAUGAGAUCAAGGUUUAUUCUCCAAGGUACCAUGUUGCUCGGUCUCUGGUGAGAAAAGGGAAACCUAUAGUAGGAGACAUUUGGUUUUGCAUUUCAUCUACUGAGACAUAUGCUGUAAUUCAUGACUUCCUUUGGAGCCCAAAUGCCACCAUUGUGAUUGUGCACGAUGAGUAUUUUUCUGUCUUAAACGAUGGAUUAUUGUUUGAAACCAAGAAAAAUCAAGAUACUGACCUAUGGGUAAAUGCAAAAGUUUGCAUGGAUGACAAAAUCCCUGAUAUCAAAGGAUCGCCUCAUCUCCCCGUGCAAAUGAAUGUAAAAUCGGGUUUGUUGUCAACUAUUUCCUUUGGCCUCACAAAUGGAUCAGAUGAUUCGGUUGUUAAGACUGGUAUUCGGUUUCAAGAGGUUAUAGACAAGCUAGGUGCUCCACUACCAGUGUAUCAUCCAAAUGCCCUUCUAGUGAACAUGUACUCAGGCCAUUGGAAGCGAGCAUGUGUCGCUUUGCAACAUCUUAUACAGAACUGCGGUUCCUAUAAUUCAUAUACCAAUGGGAACAACUGUGCUAAGUCACGACCUGUCAUUCCUUCAGUUCACCUGUCAACUUAUCUUGAAGGAGGAGCCCAGUCAACCAGCUUGACCUUUAUGCCAUUUCAGUCUAAUGAAAAUGCCUCCGCAGUUAAACCACCUGUGCAAAUCCCUGGAGGAUUGAGCCAUUCAUGGGGCAUUGACACUAAGUUAACUUCAUCUUUGCCAUCCACUAAAUUCGACUUAAGUAGUUGUGCGGAAACAAUUGAGAAGCAAAAUUUUGCAGAUUUAACUUUCUCAGAAAAGAUUCAAACUCUUUCCAUUGUUGAUCUUCUCCGUGAAGUUAGCAAUCCACAUGCUCCAUCUGUUUAUGAUAGUCUUGAUGAACCUGGUCGAAGGUUUUGGGUUUGCGUGAGGUUUCAACUUCUAUACAUUGCUCGAAAAUAUGGUAGAGUGGCAUCUGCAGGAGAAUUAGUGGCUGAUUCCGAACUUUUUGGUUGGGCCUUCCACUCUGACUGUCAAGAGAAUUUGUUCACUUCUCUGUUGUCUAGUGAUCCUUCUUGGGAAGACAUGCGUAAGAAUGGUGUAGGUUAUUGGUACACAAAUACGACACAGUUACGUCAAAAGAUGGAGAAGUUGGCUAGACAACAAUACUUGAAAAACAAAGACCCUAAAGCCUGUGCACUUCUCUACAUAGCCCUGAACAGGAUUCAAGUUUUGACUGGUCUCUUUAAGAUUAGUAAAGACGAGAAAGACAAACCACUGGUGGCAUUCCUUUCUCGCAAUUUUCAAGAGGAAAAAAACAGGGCAGCUGCUUUAAAAAAUGCUUAUGUUUUAAUGGGGAGACAUCAGUUAGAGUUGGCUGUUGCCUUUUUCUUGCUUGGAGGUGAUACGUCUUCUGCUAUCAACGUAUGUGCAAAAAACCUUGGUGAUGAGCAGCUUGCUCUUGUUAUUUGCCGCCUCAUUGAGGGAGGUGGUGGAUCACUUGAACAACAGUUGGUAUCGAAAUGGCUACUUCCUUCAGCUGUUGAAAGGGAAGACUACUGGCUUGCAAGUUUGUUAGAGUGGAUGUUAGGAAAUUAUCUGAAAGCUUUCUUGCGUAUGCUUGGUGUUGAAGAUAAUAGACCAGCCAUUGUGUCUAAACACGCUUCUUUUCUGGAUCCAAGCAUUGGUGCAUUUUGCUUGAUGCUGUCAAAUAAAAAUAUGAUGAGAAAUGCUAUAGGAGAGCGAAAUGCUGCAGUCCUUGGGAGGUGGGCAAUUUUGAUGUCUUCUGUUGCCUUUGAAAGAUGUCGCCUGCCUCUUGAAGCUCUAGAUACUUGCUCAUGCUCUCUGACUCUUCCUGAGGAUUCAAAUCAAGCAAGCAUGCCAGAUAUUGGACAUUCUGAACUUCUGGACAAGCUGCUAAAAAAAUCCACCUCCAACUGGAUAUCUAGUGAUGUUGCUUUUCAAACCCAGAAAUGUGCUCAAAAGGAUUUAGCUAUGCAGUAUAUUUCAAGAUUGCUGAAAGAACAUCCAAGCUGGCUAUUUACCUCUAUGGUGACAUUUGGACCUUGUAAAAACUAUGAGCAUGACUUUCAACAGUAUGACAAGCUGCUAAGAAGUUUUCAAAACAAACUAUCUGUAGGGAUCAGACAUUUUGAGCAGAAGUUCUCUAUAUCUUUUCACCAUCUACUGGGAAUGAUAAUUCUUUUGCUUUCCAACAGCAGUACAUAUUUUGGAUGCCGCAUACUGGAUGACCUUGCUUCUUGGUAUUCUUUGGAGGGUAAGAUGGAUUUAUAUGAUAGCUCGUGGUAUCCCAUCUGCUCUAAUCUACUUCUGGAAAGCACCAAAGAAGUGUCCUAUUUGUUUUCGAAAUAUAUUUUUGCUUGUGGUAUGGCCUGCUCUAAACUGAAACAAUUAUCCACCAAAAGCAACGGCUGUGGUGAAAGUAUAUUUACUGCAGGACAGUUUUAUAUGGAAGAUCUUAUAUUAUCCUUGCAUAAUUUAAGAGCUACAAUAAGAUUUAUCUCUGAUUCUUCCGUUGAAGAUGUAUCCACAGUCUUUCUUGAUUUAGCUGAGUAUUUUACAUACUUUGCAUCAGCUUGGUUCUUGAGGGAUUUUAAAUUCCUUCUAAUGAUUGUGAAACCCUUAGCUUCUGCUAGUACCAAAAGGGACAUUGUUAAUUAUGGAAUGACUAUAGAAGAUGUCAGGGAGCUCCUUAAGCAGCUGAGGGAGCUUCUUAAUUAUUCUGCAUGGACCGAUGAUUUCAGGGUUUCUAAUGAGUGUACAAAUUCUACACGACUUGACAAAGAUGAGAAUGAUGUUAUAUGGCCGUCUAUACCAGAAGAUUUAAAAUGCAAAUUGACUGAAGCUUCCUUAUGGUGGCAUAUGUCCAAUUUUGUGAAAAUUCAGACGAAUUUGUUGUCUGAAAAGCUUGAAGAUUGUUAUUCAUUUGGUGAUUUCUGUAGGCUUUCCACUCUCUCAAAUAACAAUAUUACAUUACAGGAACAGAUGAGAGUCGUUUCUGUAGCUCUGGCCAAAUUACUUGAAACUACAUGUGUGCACAUUUCUUCUUAUUUUGAGGAGCAACUCAUGGCUUUCCUGCAGAAGAAAAUAAGAGGGGGAUAUGUUUUUUCAAAUUUGACAAGGUCACAACAUAAGGAACUUAGCCAGGGCGACGUCAGCAAGAAUGUGUUGGACAUUGAAGAUAGAUCUUCACUUUAUGAUGCUUUGUGGGAGUCAUUUGCAGAUCCUGAACUAAUAUUAGGUGAAGAAAAAUCUAGGUGGCUGCAUAAUUGUAAGCCUAAGGUUUUCAACUCUUGGAGUGACUUACUUACAACAACCACAGUGGAAUUAAAUGCUGAAGAGCAAGAAGGUAGAUCUAGCACUAGUUCUUCUAGCAGCAGGACUGAAUUUCCUAUAAAAAAUCUUUCAUCAGAUGGUCAUUCUUCUGGAAGCAAUGGGAAAGAUAUUAGCCUAGCCAAAGAGGUUAAUCUUUUCCAGAAACCUAAAGAGAUUUGUAAGAGAAAUGGAGAACUUUUGGAGGCACUAUGUGUUAAUUCCAUUGUUGAAAAUCAAGCUGUUCUAGCUAGCAACCGUAAGGGUUUAAUAUUUUUCAACUUGGAUGGGCCACUUUUAGAAUCUCCAGCCAGUUAUAUCUGGACCAAAACAGAUUGGCCACAUAAUGGAUGGGCUGGAUCAGAAUCGUCUCCAGUUCCCACUUGUGUGUCUCCUGGCAUUGGCCUAGGUAUUAAUAACGGAGCACACCUUGGUUUGGGAGGAGCAACAAUUGGCACAGGUUCUUUGUCAAUGCCAGGGAAAGACUUAACAGGUGGAGGAGCAUUUGGAAUCCCUGGAUAUGCUGGUAUUGGCGCUUCUGGCCUUGGGUGGGGCCUACAGGAGGACUUCGAGGAGAUUGUUGAUCCACCUACAACUAUGGAGAGCAUUCACACCAGGGCAUUAUCAAGUCACCCAUCCAUGCCUUACUUUCUUGUUGGUUCUAAUAAUACACUCGUGUACUUGUGGGAGUUUGGUAAGCAUAAAGCUACUGCAACAUAUGGAGUGCUUCCUGCAGCAAAUGUACCUCCUCCCUAUGCUCUUGCAUCUGUAUCAGCUGUGCAGUUUGAUCAGUGUGGACAUAGAUUUGCAACUGCUGCAUUGGAUGGAACUGUAUGCACAUGGCAACUUGAAGUUGGAGGAAGGAGCAACAUCUAUCCAACAGAGUCAUCCCUCUGCUUUAAUAACCAUGCAUCAGAUGUUACUUACCUUGCUGCAAGUGGAUCAAUAGUUGCUGCUGCUGGUUAUAGCUCCAGUGGGGUCAAUGUGGUCAUAUGGGACACACUUACUCCCCCAGGAUCGUCUCGAGCAUCUAUUAUGUGUCAUGAAGGAGGGGCUCGAUCCCUUUCAGUUUUUGACAAUGACAUAGGAAGCGGUUCUGUUUCUCCUUACAUUGUAACUGGUGGGAAAUAUGGCGAUAUAGGACUUCAUGAUUUCCGAUACAUAGCUACAGGAAAGGUAAAGAAGCAGAGGCAUGUAUCCAACGGUCAAGAAUACAACAAUACAUCCUUAGCACCUGAAAUGCAAAGCAGAACUGCUGACCAGAAUCGAAACGGAAUGCUUUGGUACAUACCAAAGGCUCACUCAGGGAGCAUCACAAAAAUAUCUACCAUUCCCAAUACUAGUUUUUUCUUGACGGGAAGUAAAGAUGGAGAUGUUAAACUUUGGGAUGCUAGGACAGCUAGGUUGGUCUUUCAGUGGCCAAAAAUGCACGAUAGGCAUACCUUUUUGCAACCAGGCUACCGGGGCUUCAGUGGAGUUGUUCGGGAUGCAGUUACAGACAUUCGAGUUCUUUCUGAUGGUUUUCUGACAUGUGGAGGAGAUGGUUCUGUCAAGAUGGUCCAGUUUAACAAUGGUGCUAUAUAGUUAAUUUGAAAUUAUAAAUAAAGCCAAAAGAGUACAAAUUUCCUGCCAGGAAAGCAAACUUGUAGUCUUGUUAGGAGCAUGUUGGAUUGGAUCUCAUAAAGAGAAUAUUUUUCUUACUGCCAUUCAAGAAAGGGAUCUCGAGGAAUUGAUAUCGGUCUUUGUUUGAUAUUGGAAAUGCAAUCUGACUUAGCAGAAUCCACAAAAAACAAGGUUAGGUUCUUAUUGUGUUUUAAAUAUUCUAUUCCUGAUACUUUUUUUGAAAAAUAUAUAUAGUUGGUAAUGACUUCUAUUUUAUUCUUUGCUUGUAUGAUAGUUUACUUAAAUUGCUUUUUAUAUUAUAUAAUAGUCAGUUGUGAGGCAAAAAAAGAGAGUUGUAAAGUUGGGGGAAUUUAGGAUUUGUAUCUGUCUAUUUGGAGAUAAUAGAGACUUCUGAAGCAACAUUGAAAACUGUGGGCUGUAUUUGCAAAAAAAAACAAUAUAUUUUUAUAUUA